CGGAAACUGGAUGCUGAAUUUGCAACCUAUCCAUUCAUCAAUUGUGCCUACUUGUUCACAGAGGUUCCUCGGCGUGGAGCCACACGUGUUGCUCCCAGUCAGCUUGCCCGGAAACGGGAGAAGUUGCGCUGCCUGCUUCACUAUUUUCAUCGGGUCACCGAAAUCACACCUACCGGUACGGUUACAUUCACACGUCGACGAUUGGCCGGUUUUACUCCAGAUUGGUCCAGCAGUACCCGUUCCUUUGACCAACUCCGGAUUCACGUGAACGCCCAAGGUACAAUCGAAGAUUCCGGCCCGUGCACCAUUCACGUGGAUUUCGCAAAUCGUUAUCUCGGUGGAGGGGUUCUGAACCGGGGCUGUGUUCAGGAGGAAAUCAUGUUCAUGCUCCAACCGGAAUUGAUUGCCUCUUGUCUGUUUAUCGAGCGGCUGGCGGACGACGAGACUGUUAUCAUCGAGGGUACAGAGCAGUACUCUACUCAUUCGGGUUAUGGCAACACGUUUCGUUGGGCUGGUGAUUUUCAGCAGUCCAGCUCAAAUAUCACUCGUGAUGAAUGGGGUCGUUGGAAACGAACAGUGGUGGCGAUGGAUGCCACUUCGUUCUCCAUCCGGGAUGAUCAAUUCGAACCAGAAAAAAUGCUGCGCGAGUUGAACAAGGCAUAUUGCGGUUUCUGUGAUAAUUUGGCGCCUCAUCGUAAACUUCCCUCCGUCGUGGCUACUGGUAAUUGGGGCUGUGGUGCGUUUCGGGGCAAUGUUUAUCUGAAAGCUCUGCUUCAGAUGAUGGCUUGUUGUCAAGCUGGCAAAUCCAUGGCGUACUACACGUUUGGUGAUGUGGACUUGCGUGACAAACUUGAUGGGUGGGGCCGUUGGAAACGAACAGUGGUGGCUAUGGACGCCACUUAUUUCUCGAAAUCCAGUGAUCAAUUCGAACCGGAAAAAUUGCUACGCGAGUUGAACAAGGCAUAUUGCGGUUUCUGUGACGAUUUGGCACCUCAUCGUCAACUACCCUCCAUAGUGGCCACUGGGAAUUGGGGCUGCGGUGCGUUUCGAGGAGAUGUUUAUCUGAAAGGCCUGCACACGGAGCCGAUCAACAGUCGUAUAUGUAUGAAGGAACAAGUAACGGGUCUCUGGAAGCUACAGUUCACUUCAGCUUGA